UUUUUCGUGACGUCAGCAGCGUGUUGUGGAAGAAGCAGGCUGGAGGAAGAUGGCGGGGUCCAAGGUGAAGCAGGACAUGCCUCCUCCGGGAGGCUAUGCCCCGUUUGACUAUAAGAGAAAUCUACCGAAACGAGGACUCUCAGGAUAUAGCAUGUUCGGCAUUGGCAUCGGCAUCAUGGUGUUUGGUUACUGGAGGCUUUUUAGGUGGAACAGAGAGAGGAGGCGCUUGCAGAUUGAGGAGAUGGAGGCCAGGAUAGCUCUGAUGCCACUGCUGCAGGCAGAGCAAGACCGCAGGAAUUUACGGAUGCUGAGGGAAAAUUUAGAAGAGGAGGCGGUUAUCAUGAAGGACGUUCCAGGCUGGAAGGUCGGUGAGAGUGUCUUCAACACAGAGCGCUGGGUUGCCCCUCUGUCAGAGGAGCUGUUCAACCUCCGGCCCCGUGAAGAGCUUUUACACAAGCGUUUCGGCUUCUUGUCGUAUGUGUAAAACCACCAAGUUGGACUGUGUCCUGAGUUUCACCACCUUCUGCAACCGAUAUCACGUGGACCUGAGCUCAAUCCAGAUUGUAAAUGUUCAAUAUUAAAGUUCUUUUUUUCUGUACCUCA